UUUAAUGAGUGAUUAUAAUCAGUCACACCAACAGGAACAGCAGGUCGUGCCCCCAUUAUAGUCUCUCAUUAAUAAAUUUUAAAAACAAAAAUAAAUAAAAGAUAAAACAGAAAGACAGCCUCAUUACCAUUUACCACCACCGCUGCAGAAACCGUUAAGUUGAAUAGCAACCGUCGAUCAGAAAGGCGAUUGAUCACCGUGAGCAUGGAGGUCCGCCCCAAUCCAACGGCCGAUAACUCGUCGGUCGUGCAGCCCCAGCGUCAGCGCCAAACACCCGCAACUACUCAGAAAAAGGCCCCUGCUUCUCCCAUCCCGGUCGACACCACCUCCGUUUCAAAAAGGCUUCAGAAGGAGUUGAUGUCUCUGAUGAUGAGUGGAGGAGAUCUUGGAGUAUCGGCUUUUCCUGAAGGGGAGAGCAUUUUUACAUGGCUUGGCACAAUUGAAGGUGGAAAAGGAACUAUGUAUGAGGGUUUAUCCUACAAACUUUCUUUGCGUUUUCCUCUGGACUAUCCUUUCAAGCCACCCCAAGCCAAGUUUGAGACAAUGUGCUUCCAUCCAAAUGUUGAUCAGUUUGGCAAUAUAUGUCUUGAUAUUCUGCAGGACAAGUGGUCUUCAGCGUACGAUUGCAGGACUAUACUUCUGUCCAUUCAAAGUCUAUUGGGAGAACCAAACCCGGAGAGUCCCCUCAACAGCUAUGCUGCUGCUCUGUGGAAUAAUAAGGAAGAUUACAGAAAAAUGGUCCACAAACAGUACUUUGCUGGAGAAUCACUUGAGAGUUGAUUUGUAGAAUUCGCGAUGGAUCACAAAAUGUCAUGUGGCCCCUGAUUUCUCUGUACAGCUCUGUGGAGGGGAAAAUGUUUGCAAUGCAAAGUAUAGUUUCUUUCUCAUUGAAUCCCAAGGCAACCAAAUCCUUCCUGUUGGCCAACUUUGUUUAUAUUCCUGUAAUGUGAUUGCUAAAUAAACA